AUGCCACCUAAAAAGAAGCCACCCAAAACAAGAGAAGAAAUAUUAGAACAAAAACGAAUAGCUGAACAAUUGAGAUAUCAACGCCUUAAAAAUGACCCUCAAAAACUAGAAGAAAUGAAAGAAAAAGGGAGCAUAAAAUUGGUUAAGGAUAUGAGUCGUCGCGAGCAUAAGGCUGCUAAAAAGACUUGGAAAGAGCGCUGUACUAAAUAUCAUUCUACUACUGGCCCAACAUUAGAAUGUCCGGCGCCAUUAAGGUCGUCAGAAAAUGCAUUAGUUGAGGCAAGAAAGAAACAGGCUAGAAAGAAACGUGCAAAGAUAUUGAAAGAUAAAGACAAUAAGAUUCAACAAUACAAACAGAAAUUGGAAAAAUAUAAGAAAAGAUUACAACGGUUGGAACAAAAACUUAAUAAAAACGGAUUACAAACACAAAAAGAGAAACAUAUUUUCGGAAAAGUUAUAUCAGGUGAAUUGGUUGAAAAAUAUAAGUUAUGGAGGAGCCAAGAAAGUGUGGUGUCCUAUAAGAGGCUUCAGAAAAUUAAAAAUCUAUCAUUAUUACCCACAACACGGACUCGACUACCACUUAUUGCAUCCGAACAUAUGAAGAUAGUACAAAAUUUUUAUGAAAAUGAUGAUAAUAGCAGAAUUGGUGCAGGAAAACGGGAAUGUGUAACCAAGAACAGAGUCAAAAAGCAAAAGAGAUACUUGCUAGAUACAUUGACCAAUUUGUACCAGAAAUUUAAGAGUAAUCACUCAGGUCUAAUCAGUUAUCAGACAUUCUGUCGUUUGCGUCCAUUCUGGGUGGUAACACCCAAAAUAAAUGAACGGGAUACAUGCCUUUGUAUCAGACACGCAAACAUUGAUAUGAAAUUAUCUGCCUUGUACUGCCGGAAGAUUUUGCGCUACGAUAAUCAUAAUAAAUUGCUUGAAAAAACUUGCUGUAAUCGUUAUGAUGAGCAAUGUUUAUCUCGGGAAUGUCAGCAUUGUUUUAAUAAGAAUCCUGAUUACCAAGAGUUUGAUGAUAGCAAGCCUAUAGUGUAUAAAAAAUGGAUAGCUGAGAAACAAGAUUACAAAGAUCCAAAGUUAAAUAAAGUACGAUCUAUAACAAAAUAUGUGAAAAAGAAAAUUACGGUUAGUCCUCGUGAAUUAAUACAAGAACUACACGAUGAACUGGAUGCGUAUUAUAACCACGAAAGAAACAUAUUUCAUCAGUACACAGCUAUCAAAGAGUUAAAAGAGAAUCUUAAUGAUAAUGAAGUUGUUACACUCAUGGACUUUUCAGAAAAUUACUGUACCAAGUACAGUGAGGAGAUACAGGCCUAUCAUUUUGGAGGUUCUAGACUUCAGCUUAGCCUUCAUACCGUGGUAGUUUACACUAAAAAUGCCUUAAAAUCCUAUUGUACUGUUUCCCAAAAUACUACACACUCACCUGCUGCUAUUUGGGAACAUUUGAAGCCUAUUUUUAGAACUUUACCAUCGCAUAUUACCGGCAUUCAUUUUGUGAGCGACGGACCCGUUACACAGUAUCGAAAUAAAACGAUGUUCCAUAUUCUGGCUUCGAGGCCACAUGUGGAGGUUCCAAAUGUAGAAAAGUUCUCCUGGAAUUUUUCAGAGAGUGGCCAUGGCAAGAGUGCCGCAGAUGGUAUUGGCGCCACGUGCAAAAGAUCUGCUGAUGCUGUCGUUGCUGCAGGAGGAGAUAUCGAUAGUUUGGAAUCUUUUAUAGACUCUGUACGUCAAAGGUGUCCUUCAAUCACUCUAUUUACAGUUGACGAUGAUGCAAUAAAAAAAAUGGCUAUCGAUAUUCUGAAAGAUGCCAAAAAAUUAAAAAGCUUUUAUGGCACCCUUAAAAUACAUCAGAUUAAGGGAAAGAUAUCACGCAGUCCUUUGGGUUUGCCACAAGGCACUGCCAAACUUAUAAUGAAGAGCUUAAGCUGCCCUUGUGAAGAAGAAUGCCAGCAUUUUAACCUAGGUGUUAUGAACUAUGAAGUGGCAAAACUUCACGUCGAGGAUUUCUACACAGACUCCGAUUCCGAAGACGAAAUCCCGCUAGCUCAAAUCCCACGGAAUAAUGACUGCAUUACACAGACUGUCCUUUUAAGACCGAUUGAAAAUACUAAGACUGAUCUUGAGAAUACUGCGGAGCCUAGUACAAGCGGCCUUCAGCAAACUUAUUAUAACAGUGGUGAUUAUGUUUUAGUUAAGUUUACUGUCGGGAACAGGGAAUAUCGUUAUGCUGCUGUUGUUAAUAAAGUAGAUGAUGAGGACGGCGAACUAACAGUGACUUUUCUGAAAAUUUGUGAUAACAAAGGUUACACGUUUAGAAUAGAUGAGAAUGAUAUGUUUGAUGUCGGUUUUGACCAAAUAUUGGAAAAGUUGCCUGUUCCGAACGUGACUGUUAAAGGAAGUAGAUUAUUUUAUAGUUUUCGAAAAUCAGUACAUGUCUUUGAGAAAUAA